AUCUCUGAAGGACACAAAUCAGAGCACACCAUGCCUCCUAAUAAAGAGGCCAGCAGUCUUAACAGCUCAGCAGCAGGGCUCAUCUGCCUGCCUCCAAUCUCUGAGGAGCUACAGCUUGUGUGGACCCAAGCAGCCCAGACCAGCGAGCUGGAUGGCAAUGAACACCUGCUACAAACCUUUAGCUACUUUCCCUAUCCUAGCCUAGCAGAUAUUGCCCUUCUCUGUCUACGUUAUGGGCUGCAGAUGGAGAAAGUCAAGACUUGGUUUAUGGCCCAGCGCCUCCGCUGUGGCAUUAGCUGGUCAUCUGAAGAAAUAGAAGAGACUCGAGCUCGGGUGGUCUACCAUCGGGACCAACUCCAUUUCAAAUCACUUCUCUCUUUUACUCAUCAUGCAGGGCGACCCCCAGAGGAGGUGGCCCCAUCUCCAUUGCCACCACCAGGACAAGUUGGUCUUGGAAUAGGUCCUUUGACUCUCAGUGAACCCACCCAGAUAAAAGGAUUGAAGGUAGAGCCUGAGGAGUCCUCUCAGAUACCACCUCUGCCACUCAGUCUCCGGAAAGCAAAGGAGCCCCCGAUGACACCUGGCAGUGGAGUGUCCCCACACCAAUCUCUUCACAACAGUGGCCUCUCUAAGGAGCAGACAGGCAGGGGUCAUGACCAGUCACAUGGCGUAAAUACUGCUUCCUGGAACCACUCCACAGCUGUCAACCAGCCACAUGCUCAGAACAAGCCCCCACGAAUCUCAUUACCUGUCAGUAGUUGUAAGGAGGAGUCAGCAUCUAGUAUGACUCCUUCUUCUUCCGCUACCUCCUCUUCUUUCCAGGUACUAGCUAAUGGAGCUACUGCCACCUCUAAACUUCAGCCACUGGGCUGCAUCCCACAGUCGCUCUCACCCAGUGAACAGGCAUUACCCCCACAUCUGGAGCCAGCCUGGCCCAAAGGGCUACGGCAUAAUUCAGUAUCAGGUAGAGUUGGCUCCACAGAAUACCUAUCCCCAGAUAUGCAACGCCAGCGAAAGACUAAGCGCAAAACCAAAGAACAGCUGGCUAUCCUCAAAUCCUUUUUUCUACAGUGCCAAUGGGCACGACGAGAAGAUUACCAUAAAUUGGAACAGAUCACUGGUUUACCUCGGCCUGAAAUCAUUCAGUGGUUUGGUGACACACGCUAUGCCUUAAAGCAUGGGCAACUAAAAUGGUUUCGGGACAAUGUAGUACCUGGUGCCCCUAGUUUCCAAGACCCAGCAAUUCCCACACCACCAUCAACACGUUCCUUGAAAGAAUGGGCUGAGACACCACCUCUGCCAACCCCUCCACCCCCACCAGAUAUACGACCCUUGGAGAGGUACUGGGCAGCCCACCAACAGCUACAGGAAGCUGAUAUCCUUAAACUGAGUCAGGCAUCAAGGCUUAGCACACAGCAAGUACUGGACUGGUUUGAUUCUCGACUACCUGAGCCAGCUGAGGUGGUAGUUUGUCUAGAUGAAGAGGAAGAGGAGGAGGAAGAAGAACUGCCAGAAGAUGGUGAGGAAGAAGAAGAAGAGGAAGAAGAAGAUGAUGAGGAGGAUGAUGACGUGAUCAUACAGGACUGAAUGGGGAGGGGGCUAAGGAAAGAAGGGGUCUAUUACUAAAAGGCGAACCAACUUAGUAACUGUUUAAACAAAGAAGUCACAUUUUUAAAAAUGAGCUUGUUGCAAAGA